AGCAGUGUAUUUAUUUUUAGUUCGAAUUUUCUCUGUUCCUGUCAAGGGUAUUGAAAACUCGCGUGAAAAUGAACAAAACCUUAAUUGAGUCUGUUACGAACUUGAUACUUUCAUCAGAUGAAAUUUUCCAGUCGUAUGUAACAAAAUGUAACUUCAGGGCUCCGAACAUUUUCUUUUUAUUAUUGACGUUUUGUGUUAGCCUAGUGUAUUUGUGGCGAAAGCAACGAACAAAUUAUCCACCAGGUCCAAUAUCAUUCCCAUUUAUUGGAAAUUUAGAUUUCUUUAAGUCAAAAUCCCACAUACGAGUGGCAAAUCUAAGAGAAUUGUAUGGAGAUAUUUUCAGUAUCAAAGCAGGAAAAUGGAAUAUAGUUGUGGUGUGUUCUCAAGAAGGCAUUCUAGAAGGGUUGACAGAUCCAGAUAACAACUUUGAUGGCAGACCAAAUUUUACGGUUUUCCAUAAUUUGUUUAUGGGAAACAGACAAAGAGGUAUUUCUACAGCGGACUUUGAUCUGAAAACUCAAAUUAAGAGAGACUUUGUGAUAAAUAGUCUAAACAGCCACUGGAAUCCUCAUCCUGAUAGAGGGCACCUGUCUUAUUCUGUAGAGAAAAUUGUAGUGAAGGAGACGCUCAGUCUGAUGUGCUUCUUUCUGAAUGAGGAGGGAGCCUUUGAUCCGGCAGAGUGCUUCAAAUUUGCUCACUUGCACAUCAUGAUGACACUGCUAUUUGAGGAUACAUAUGAUGCAGAUGAUCCUAUAACACAUGAAAUCUAUGAUUCUUUGGAGGACAGAAAAGAAGCUAUGAAAAUUCAGUUAUAUAAUUACUUUCCCUUUUUAAAACCCUUUUUUAAACAACAAAUUAGACAAGUUGAAGAGAGAGCUAGUUUAUUGACAAAAUUUCAAAGAAUUCUUCUGAAUCAGCAUAAAGAUUCCUACAACCCUAAUGAUUUAAGAGAUUUUGUUGACCAGCUUCUGAUUUUUAUUGAGGCGGGAGAGGAUAGAGAGUUAUUGGACUCGGACGACAUGGACUGUAUCCUCCUUGAGUUGGCAGGUGGGGGCUUUUCUUCUGUACCAGCAUUAUUAACAUGGCUGAUGGGAUACAUGGCAGCUUUUCCUGAUGUUCAAACACAAAUGCAGAAAGAAAUGGAUCAAGUUGUUGGUAGGAAGAGGUUUCCAACAUUAGUUGACCAACCUUUCCUUCCCUACACAAUGGCUAUAAUACUAGAAGUACAAAGGAUUGUCACUCUGUUUCCAUUCCUUCAUCCACAUAGAGCUGUGAAAAACUGUUUAUUUCAAGGGUACAACAUUCCUAAAAACACCAUUAUGAUGUUCAGUGUUUGGAGUCUACAUCAUGAUAAAAAACUCUGGAAAAAUCCCUCUAAAUUUAAUCCACUAAGAUUUCUAGAUUCCAGCGGUGGACUUCACAUUCCCGAAUUUUUCAUUCCAUUUGGACUGGGGGACAGGCGGUGCCCUGGGGAAAGCCUGGUUGAUGUGGAGGUAUUUAUCUUUUUCACACACAUCAUGCAUCAGCUUUAUGUCAGACCAGAAGGAACCACUCAUAACUUGGAGUCCACCUAUCAACAGGCUGUUCAGCCUAAACCCUUUAAAGUCAAAAUUAUUAGCAGGGAGGAAUAUUAGACAACUUCUAGAGGUUUGGUUUGUAAUAAUGGGA